AUGAUCUCCUGGAUGGAGCAAAGGGAUGAGCCGCGAGUCCUGAACCAGGACCUGGAGCAAAGGCCAGAGGAAAGGGAAAGCGCAAGGGAUGCCCACACAGGUGAGAGAGUGGCAAAACUGUCACAGAACGAGGGAGCAAGACUAGAAGGGGCCAGAAGCCUCUGGGAAGGUUCUGCGGGGAUCAUGGUGUUGUGGCGUCACUUGGAUGUACCAUAUUUUUCGCUCCAUAAGACGCACCUGACUAUAAGAUGCACCUAGUUUUUAGAGGAGAAAAGGGGGAAAGCCCCAUUUUUGGGGGGAUCAGCUCAAAGUUGUGCAGCUUCUUUUGCAAAGGGGAAAAGCCCCUUUUUUUGAAGAUCAACUCAAAGUUGUGCAGCUUCUUUUGCAAAGGGGAAAAGCCCCUUUUUUGAGGAUCAGCUCAAAGUUGUUGAGCCUACUUUGCAAAGGGGAAAAAUCCUGUUUUUAUGGGGUUCAACUCACAUUUCUGCAGCUUCUUUAGGAAAGGAAAGGAAAGGAAAGGAAAGGAAAGGUUCCAGACAGAUAAUCAAAUCAGCCAGUCACAUGCCGCUGGGGAAACAAACAGCCUCCGUCUUCAGAACAUUCAACUAUGGAGACCUGGUCAAGGGGCUGGGGCCGGAAAGGCAGCCAGCGAUCGAUCACACAUUUGCUCCAUAAGAUGUACAGACAUCUCCCCUUACUUUUUAGGAGGAAAAAAGUGCGUCUUAUGGAGCAAAAAAUACAGUCAGUGGUUCAAAAUUUGGGAAGAGCAGCAGAGUGCUCGGCUUUUGCCUUAACUUAGCAUCCUGAAGCCUUGUGAGUUCAGAGGCCCAGGCAGGUGAGGAAGCAGGGUGGCAGCUCAGUGGUUGACGCGCCUACUCUGCGUGCACAAAGUCCCAGGUUCAUUUGCUAGGUACGGCAGAGACAGACCCCUGCUUGAAUUCCUGGAGAGCUGCUGCCAAUCAUUGUGGACAUUACUGAGCUAGGAAGACCCAAUGGUCAGACACAGGGCAAGGCAGCUCCCUAUGUUCCUGGACUGGCACAUAUCUUCCAACACAGUGAUGCCCAAAUCCACACCUAUCAGCCAAUCACCCAUUCCCACCAUCCUUCUGAAUAAUAACCCUCCCCACCCUCUCACUAUAUAUAAGGGUCUGGUGACUACUGUUUUAGUGUAUCUGAAGAAGUGUGCAUGCACACGAAAGCUCAUACCAAUAACUAACUUAGUUGGUCUCUAAGGUGCUACUGGAAGGAAUUUUUAAAUUAUUUUAAAUUAUUUUAUUUUGUUUCGACUACGGCAGACCAACACAGCUACCUACCUGUAGCCCAAAUCCAGGACAUUGUUUUCUGGGUCUUCACUCCCCCAUGUGUCACAUGACCCAUGUGAGAUCGUGUCCCCACAAAAGCGCUUUUUUUCAGACACACCACCCAAAACGCGUGCUUUCGGGGCAUCGUGCUCGAAAAAAGCACAGCCCGAAAUUGCAUGAAAACGCGGUGGCCAUUGGAUGGCAGAAUGAGGAAAUCCCGACAAAAGAACAGUGGCAAGAGAAACUGAUGAAUUAUGCAGAACUGGCUAAAUUGACACACAAAUUGCGAGACAGGGACAACUGUGAUUUCAAGGAGGAAUGGGAACUUUAUACAAAUUACUUAAAAACACAACAAAAUGAAUUGGACUCCUUGGCAGGUUUUGAAUAAACAUACACCAAUUUAUUGAUUGAUAACAUGGUAGAUAGAUAAUGUAAGGAUUUGUAUAAUUUUAUAACAUGCAGAGAAUAAUAUGUGUUGAGAAAUCAGAGAGGAGCUGAGGGAAGUCUCUGGGGGAGGGGAGGGAGGGUUGGGGGUGGGGAAAAAGGGGGGAAAUAAUGAAUAUGUUAUGUUUUGAUAAGUUGUUAUGUUGAAGUUGCCAAUAUAAAUAUUUUUUAAAAAGAAAACAAAACGCGGCGGCCAUUUUGGCCGCUGUCCUCUUGCGAGAAAAAGCAGGAAAGCCCUGUUUUUUUCCAGGGCAGUUGAUGGGUGGGGGGCUAGCAAGGUGGGGGGCCAUUUUCAAUUAUGGUGCUGCAGUUGUUGUGGAAGGCGCUCCUCACGCCCCCCUGGUCUUUGCCUAGCAUCAUCUCUCUGUUUCUGUUUCUAUUGCCUGUGGCAAUAUAAAAUGGAUUUUAAAGAUAAGUAAAUAAAUGCAGAAACCACAAAUAAAAAGUUUUAAAAUCACAACUCUUUUGUUCUCUUUUCUCAACUCUCUCUCUCUCUCUCUCGCCAGAUGAGGGAACAACCAGUGAGAAUGAGGACUGGGAAGAGGAAGAAACCCCGGUUGCGCCGGAGGACCCCAACUCCGAGGACCCCCCCGUGGUUUCCACCCCGGUCCUGGGCUGGGAGGAGGCCUGUGAAGUCCUGCAGGGGGGCGGCAGCAGCAGCGGCGGGGAGGGGGGCGGCAGCACCAAGGCUAGAGGGGCCAAAUCCGGCCGAGGGAGGCGCCCCUGGGGUAGCCGCCCCUGUCGCCGCAGCUACUGCCGCGUGGCGGCCCCUCCCACCCGCUUCUUUGACUGCACGGACUGCGGGAAGAGCUUCACCCUGAGCUCUCACCUGAUCCGCCACCAGCGGGUGCACACGGGGGAGAGGCCCUUCGGGUGCCGGUCGUGCGCCAAGAGCUUCUCUCAGCGUUCGGACUUGGUGCGCCACGAGCGCACGCACACGGGCGUCAAGCUCUACCGCUGCACGCAGUGCGACAAGUCCUUCUCUGAGAGCUCCCACCUCAUCCGCCACCAGAUCAUCCACUCAGGCGAGAAACCCUUCAAGUGCAACGUCUGCGGCAAGCGCUAUGGCGACAGCUCCUACCUCACCGUCCACCAGAGGGCGCACACGGGGGCCCGGCCCUACCGCUGCGCCCGCUGUGGCAAGAGCUUUGGCCGCUCCUCCACGCUCAUCCGCCACCAGCGCGUGCACGGCGACCCGGCGCCUGCCCCAGGAGACAAACCGCGACCUCGUGGAAUCUGGACGGCCUUCGCUCGCCUGCCCAGCCCCAGCCCGAGCGAUGGGGACUCGGAACAAACCCUGUCUCCGCAGAGGUCGCCAACAUUAGCCGGGCCUUCCCUCACGCCCUCCAUGCUGCCCCUGCCGUCUUCCCCUCGGAUUGACCCGCGCUCCAUGAGGAUUAUGGGGUGGCAGUGGGGCGUUGAAUAA